AUGCCGCGCUCCCGCCGCCGCUCGCACCGCCGUUCGAAGGCGUCGCAUUUUCAGCCCUCGCUGCAUGCGGCCGCGCUCGCGAACGCCAUGUCAGGGUCUGAGGGUGAUGGAGUGGAGUCGCCUUCGAGCGAUGUGUGCGACGAUUAUUGUCAAAACUUGCUCGCCGAUGGGAUGCGGAUCGUCGAUGAUGAGGACGGGGAUAAAGAAGAAUUAGAUGUGGAAAGGCGAGUACCUGCACGCGAAGAGGGGCACUGCCCGGACUGGAGCUUGUGUGAAACCUCUCCUGGAGUGCCAGUACCACCAGUCGUACCGACGGGGGAUGUUUAUGAACGCGCAGUUGGUAAAGCGGAAUACACCUCCUUCAACGUCUUGGAAGCCAGGAAAGUGUCCGAAAAGGCAGCUACAGGGCUCGCCAUCGCGUGUGAGGCUGUGGACCCCGUCGGCAAGAAUUUCUCUCCUCCGGUGUCAGCGGCGUCGCAAAGAGGUGUUGCUAUAGCCCCGGGAACAACAAAAAAAGCGUCAGAGAUGCGUUCCAAAUUUGCUCUCUCGCCACAAGCGGCACCGUUUGUACCCGCCACCGCACCGACUCUCGUAACGCUACCUUCGGUCGCAGCUCCCACUCCUCCUCUCGCGCACUCACCUCGAGACAUUGAGUUACCCCCGCCUUCGCCGGAAAUGAACUCAUGCUCGCCCUCUGACCGCGCUGGAUGGAUGAGCAUCGAGGCACAUACCCUGUUCGCCUACCGCCACUUCCAGUUGGACCCGCAGCCAGGCGCGACAUACAUCUGCCCCUCCAUGCCGGAUACGAAAACAAGGCUUGGCAUGCAUCGUGCCGCGGAGGUGCUGGGCUGCCACUCUAUCUCUAGCGGCGAAGGAAGAGAGCGAUGUGUCACGCUGACAUGGAUGAAAGACGGAGUGUUUCCGAUCAAGGAGCUUUCUGUUAUUAUGGCUCUGCGCGUCGUGCUCGCGGACUUGUUCGCCGUGCCAAAGGGGAGGCGCAAGAAGAGAAACAAGGGCGGAAGCACGGAAACAGCGAUGAAGAGGGAGGCACGAAAAUCGAAAGCGAAGGAGGACAAGCUGGAGGCGGCAGUUAGGAUUGCAGAUAUGGGCAUGGAUCCGGGGUUCUUGGAUUUCUUGGUGGAGAGAGAGGAUUGGGAGGCGAUUCACGUGCUAUAUGAUGGGGCGAGGGUGCCGGGGUUGCGAAAGAAGAAGAAGAAAGCGAAGAGGAAUGCUGCGACGGAGAGGACAAGUGUGGUGGAUGGGCAGCAUCAAACUAUACCGAGUAGGUUUGUUCCUCCAAUUGCUGUGCAGGGGCACGCCGCUCAUGCACUUCAACUUAUCCAGGAAUGGGACCCAGGCAUGUCGCUUCCAUCAGCGGGUUUCGUUGAAGAUGUGAAAGGGCAGGGCCGAGGGCAGCGCGGACGGAAAGCGAGUCGCCCAACACCGAGUGCUGACCCUUUGGAAAGUUCGAACAAGGGGUUUGCAAUGCUGGAAAGAAUGGGAUGGAAGCAGGGAGAGGGGCUUGGCACGAGCAAGGACGGUAUGAAAGAACCAUUGCAAGCUCAACAGCGCUACAGACGCUCUGGGUUAGGUGCUAGUGACCAGCGAUGA